AUGAAAACACUCUUCAUCACUCUCCUCCAAUUUCUCCUCCUUCUCAAACCCCACUUCGCCUGCGCAAGAGGUAAAUAUGCCUUCGCCCCUUCAUGCCUAACCGCCGCCAACGCGCCCUUCAUGCGCGAAGAAAUCACGCUGGUGAUGGAAUCCGCCGCGAGCACCAAGGCCGCACUUCGCAACCCAAAUGCCGACACAAAUAGAUUCGUUCGGUGGAUGUUCGGUACCAGCACGCCUGCGUACGACGCUUACGCAGCGCCGCGAGCCAUCAUCGGUGGCACGGGCACCGGAGAAGACGACAUCAUUGGCAUGGCCGGUGUGACUGGGGAGGUCCCUGCGGAAGAGGCGGAGGGAGGCGACGUGAUCUUCUAUUGCGACAUGAGCCAUAUGAAACCUCUAUAUAACGAAGAAGGAGUUCUCGUGCAGUGGUAUGAUAGAUCCCUCAAAAGCUACAAUGACGCAGACCCUGCCUAUCUACUCUGCAGAGACACCAAGAGCAACUUCCGAGGCAACUUCGAUGUCCCGAGCGCCCUCAACUUCGCAUGGCAGAAGGUCGACGGCGAACUACCGGAUGCUCCGGAUACCAUCAUCAUCUGCCCGUGGUACGUCGAGGCCGGUUUGGCGGCCGCGUACCAGGACUCGGGAAUUUUCGACGAUAAUUUUUUCACCCGGGAGACACGGUUCUGGCAGGGACGGUCCACGCAGCGGACUUACGCGCCGAUCGAUUACUAUAACCUGUUUGAUAGCGGUAUUGCGCAUGAGGUUGGCGUUACGCUUGGCUUAUUCUUGGAUUCAAACCAUCUCCUAACGCUGAUGAUACAGAUGUACCAUACUCGGAUCGGUAACUUCAGGGAUGAUGUUGCGGGUGGAAAUUCCUACACCUGGGCGAAUUGUCGAACUCUAUCGUCAAACCCACACCCGGACACAGGCGCACCGCGUAAUGUUGGCAAGUCUCACAGCCCAUCACCCUUCAUACCAUCUCUAAUCAUCCUCACAGAUAAUUUCACAUUUCUCACUAUCGCAAACAAACUCAGAAAUCUGGGACGAACGAUCAGUUCCAUUGGCGGGGUGGCUUGA